AUGCCGCCCAUCAGGACUGAGCCGAAGGCCAAACGGUCUCGCGGCACCAUCCUGACGAAGAAGAUUGCCAAUCGCUCUGAGCAAGCCAAGAUCUACGCACGAAAUGCCGCCGAAUCACCUCUCCUUCGUCUCCCAGCUGAGAUUCGAUUAAUGAUCUGGAAAUACGCUCUAGGCGGCAAUACGAUCAUGAUGAACUUCACCGCGAGGCAUCAUAACCUUUCUUUCUCAGCCGAUGAAGAGGGUGGAUUCUUUCCGCCUGGACGGUUUUCUUGCCUGACGUUUCCGGAUCGCAUUAGUCCGUUCUUGAAGAGUUCGGUGGGGAAGGCGUCAAAGGGGUUUACUCUGCUAAACAACGUGUGCCGUCAGCUCUACAAGGAAACAGCUCUUCUCCCAUACGAAUUGAAUUCUUGGGCUUGCAAUGAUGACAAGUUCUUUCUGCGCUAUGUCAGGGAGAAACGGCUUCUUCCAGACCAGCGUCGCGCUAUCAAGAGGUAUCACACCACUCGUGAAUGCUACCGAUCAUUUCUCAACGAGGCCUUCCUGCGGCUCAAAACAAAGGAUCGGAAGAUUGUCUACUCGUAUUCUUGGGGCUUGACUGCGGAGCGGAGUUCUAUGGAGCUAUAUACCGUUCAAUGUCGUCCAACUCCGAUCUGGACGUUGACGGAUACUAGGCACUUGAAACGAGAAAGGAUACAAUAUUACCGACAUUGAUGAAGAGAACAGGGAGAGAACGAGAGAUAUGCAAAAUGCACUCAUCUUCUCAAACACCACAAUUCACCACCGACUGUAUGACAGUCUUUUCAAUCACACUCGACCAC